UCAAGGACCCCACUAGAAAGAAAUGUGUUAUCGAUAAAGAAAUAAUCGACUCCACCCAGGUACCUAGGUAUGUAUUUUCGCGUUUAUCCUCCUAGAUGCAAAUUGUUUAAUAAUUUUUUUGGCUUCUUAUUAGUAUCUGGAGAAAGUCAACGUCAAGAAUUCCCGCCUACACCUCUAAGUUCCCUCGUAAUUGUUAUUCCAUAAUGCCGCCUCCGACGAAGUCAAAACGAAUGACCGCGAAUCCCGCGCGACCCACGCGGUAUCGCGCGGGAAAGGCAACAGGCGUGUCAUCAUCCGAAUCCGAAUCAGAAGCCAGCGAAGCCGAAGCCGAGCAGCAACAACAGAUCAAGCGUAAAAUCGCGCCACCUCCAAAAGCACCUAGUGCAGGAAAAAUCAUUAGCAACCUCAGCAGGGUAAACCUUGAUGAGCGCCGAAAGCAAGAUCAGGAGGCCGAAAUUAAACGCGUAGAGGCCGUAAAAGCAGCUCGCCUAGCAGCCGAGGAAGGUUUCGUCACAGAAGAAAGUGAGGAUGAGGAUGAUAGUGAAGAAGGAAGCGGUGAAGACGAAAGCGAGGAGGAAGAGAGCAGUGAAGAAGAGGCUCCCCGACGACUUAUGUUAAAACCGAAGUUUGUACCUAAAAACCAACGGAACAAGGCAUCCAUUCAAGAACAGGACGAGGCGGCUAAGCUAGCUGAGGAAGAAGCGAAAAGAAAGAAGGCUAUGGAUGAUAUGGUUGAAGAACAAAUGCGCAAAGACGCCGCCGCCCGCGCGACUAGGAAAGGACACUGGAACGAUAAUGUGGAAGAUGAAGAGGACGUCGAUACCGAAGACGAUGUAGAACCCGAGGCUGAGUAUGCAGCAUGGAAGGUUCGCGAGCUAAAGCGCAUCAAGCGGGAACGCGAAGCCAUCGAGGCGCGCGAGAAAGAGAGAGAAGAAGUCGAACGCCGACGGAACUUGACAGAGGAGGAACGCAAAGCAGAAGAUGAUGCCUUCCUAGCCAAGCAGAAAGAUGAAAAAGACUCCAAGGGAAAGAUGUCGUACAUGCAGAAGUACUUCCACAAGGGCGCAUUCUACCGGGACGAGGCUGAAGCCGAGGGCUUAGCCAACCGAGAUAUCAUGGGUACACGAAUUAUGGACGACGUCAAGAACCGCGACUUGCUUCCAAAGGCGCUCCAAAUGCGCGACAUGACGAAGCUGGGCAAGAAAGGAGCGUCUAAGUACAAGGAUCUCAAAUCCGAAGACACGGGCCAAUGGGGAAACUUCCGCGACACAAGGCCAGGCAAAGAUUUUGACCGGUAUAAUGUUGACGAUAGGUUUAAAUCAGAUUACGGUAGGGACAAUUCUGGUCCGGGAGGAGCCAACGCAAUUCCCCUCGGAGAGAGGAAGAAGCCCGUCUCCGAUGCGCCGCAAGGACCUCGGAACUUCGAACGACGACGAGAUCACGAUCGGGAUAGCUAUCGUCCGAGAGAUGACCACAGAGAUAGGGACAGACCUGAUCGGGAUAGUUAUAGUAGUCGGAGGAAGAGGGACUCGUCACGGGAUGCGGAUCGCUACGAAAGUGACAAGAGGCGAAAGACAGAUACCAGAUAGACAAUUGGUCUGUCAAUUUAUAAUCUCAUGCUACCUUCCUACUUAGCUACUUCCAAGUAGUUUUCGGGAAUUUAUACACACGA